GCCGAGUGCUGCUCUCAACGGCGGCGCACGAUCCGAGGACGUUACGACGGAUGUGAAGCAGGAGAUCUCGAACAAGAUAGGACAACAGGUGCAGACCCUGUUGCUUCAAGCAAAGAAAGAGUCUGAGCAGAAGGUGACGGCUGAGCUGAAGCUCCUGCACCAUGCCAUGCAGGAGAUGGAUUCUCGACUCGACGGCCUCGUUAAGCAGCUGGACGAUAUGCAGGUGCAGCCGAAUCAGGAGGCCCUGGAGCAAGCAGCAGUGGUGCAGGCCCUGGCGAAGGUUGAGCAGCAGUGGGGCAAGGAACUUGGUAAGCUCAAGGGGGAGCUGCACCAGACGAUCUUUGCGCACAACCACAAUGCCGAUCUUAUGAAAUAUCAGAAGGAGACUCUGGACAAGAUACGGCAGGAGAUAGACUCGCGAAACAAUUCCAACCCGGACAAGAUCAGGGCGGCCAAGGCUCAGGUGGCAAAGAUCGAGACCACGUCCAAGGUCGUUGGCCCAAGGAUAGCCACAUGCGAGGGCGAGGUGGAACAGUCAAUCUUUGCAUGUGCCUUCAUGGCGGAUGGCCAGCACCUGGCGCAGUCCCGCUAUGCAGAGGAGAUCUCGCCAGACCAGCCGGAGGUUAAGCUGACCUGGCGCCCCAGAGACGAUUUUGAAACAGCCGAAGGCUUCAUAAUCCACUCCUCGAAGUUCCUGGCUUCGCAGUGGCUGAGGUGGCUGCAAGACGGUAAGCUCUCAGAGGUGGCAGAGAAGUUUGAUCCCGACGUUCGGAAGGUUUUGCUGUCUGAGUCGGCAGCCAAGGAGGCCUGCCAGCAGGUUCGGAGAUUCUGCGAGCGGCUUGACGAUCGUGUUCCCGUGGAGCUCUCGCAACCCCUCGAGGACUUCUGUGGCUGCAUCGGGUCAAGAGAGUAUGUCCGGGCCAACAAGGCGUAUAUGGACAUCGUGAUGGGCUCGAGGAAGUGGCAAGGAGACGUCCCGUACCUUGUUGAGGGCAAUCGCAAUGGUCCAUCGGUGGUGCAAAAUGUGGCCGAGCGGCUGAACAAGACGAACGCAAACCCACUUGACCAAGCUGGGAUCCGCGACCACGCAGUAGUUCUGCGGAGACUGCUCAAAGUCGCACAGGCAGUGCUGCCCAACGAGGAUCCAUCCAAAAACUGUGGUUGA